AUGUCAGACACAGAGACGUUCUAUGGAGGAUCGAUCCUGGCAAUGGCGAGUAGCAAGGGCGUAGCCAUCAUGUGCGACAAGCGCCUUGGGAUGAGCUCGAUAACUGUGUCCAAGGACUUCACAAGAAUCCAUAGGAUAGGACCAAGACUAUAUGUGGGAUUGCCUGCAUUUGUCCCGGACACCCAGGUCCUCCUCAGAAAAAUAAGAAAGAACUACAACCUAUUCAGGCUGGAGCAUCAGAGAGAAAUGGAGCCAGAGGAGCUCAGCAGCAUGAUUUCGUUCCUUUUGUAUUCGAAAAGAGAAACGCCGUACAUCACUGCUCCGAUUGUUGCAGGACUGACAAGCGACGGCAAGCCAUACAUCUCCGGAAUGGACUGCAUAGGGUCCAUAGCAUCCCCCGGAGAUUUCGUUGCCGUGGGGACUGCCGACAAGAAUCUCAUGGGAAUCUGUGAGGCUCUCUACAGGCCAGACAUGGAUGAGGAAAACCUGUUUGUAACGUGUGUCCAGGCAUUCCUCAACGCCAUUGAUAGAGAUGCCCUGUCUGGAUGGGGAGCGGAUUGUUAUGUCAUUGGCAAAAACAAAGUCACUAAGAGAUCAAUUAAGGGAAGAUGUGAUUAG